AUGUCUGGUGCUGCGACUGAGGGGAAAUCGAUUACCUGUGUAGCUGCUGUUGCUUAUGAAGCUGGCAAACCCUUGACUGUUGAAGAAAUCACAGUCGAGGCACCAAGAGCACAUGAAGUACGUAUCAAGAUUGAAUACACAGCUGUGUGCCAUACGGAUGCUUAUACUUUAUCUGGCGUUGACCCUGAAGGUGCCUUUCCCUCUAUCUUAGGACAUGAAGGUGCAGGAAUAGUGGAAUCUGUCGGUGAAGGUGUCACCAAUGUCAAACCAGGGGACCACGUCAUUGCCCUAUACACUGCAGAAUGCCAGAAAUGUAAAUUCUGUAAAUCGGGAAAGACCAACCUCUGCAGUUCAGUGAGAGCCACCCAGGGGAAAGGUGUCAUGCCUGAUGGAACUUCAAGGUUCAAGAACCAAAAGGGGGAAGAAUUAAAGCACUUUAUGGGUUGCUCGACAUUCUCACAAUACACUGUUGUAGCUGAUGUUUCUGUUGUUGCAGUGGACCCUUCUGCACCAUUGGAGAGUAUUUGUCUACUGGGUUGUGGUGUUACCACAGGUUAUGGUGCAGCAACCAAGACUGCCAAUGUUCAAAAGGGUGACACUGUCGCAGUUUUCGGUGCUGGUACUGUAGGUCUCUCAGUAAUUCAAGGUGCCAAGGUCAGGGGUGCUUCCAGAAUUAUCCUCGUUGAUAUCAAUGAUCAAAAGAGAAAAUACGGUAACGAGUUUGGUGCCACUGACUUUAUCAACCCUAAGAGUGACUUAAAAGAUGGUCAAACUAUCGUUGAGAAAUUGAUCGAAAUGACUGACGGUGGACUUGAUUACACUUUCGACUGCACUGGUAACACAAAGGUUAUGAGAGAUGCACUUGAAGCAUGCCACAAAGGUUGGGGUACUUCUGUCAUCAUUGGUGUUGCUGCCGCUGAGGAAGAAAUUUCUACUAGACCAUUCCAACUCGUGACAGGUAGAGUAUGGAAGGGUUCUGCGUUCGGUGGAAUUAAAGGUAGAUCCGAGAUGGGUGGUUUAAUCGAAGACUACAAGAAAGGUACUUUGAAGGUUGACGAAUUUAUCACAAAUGAGAGGCCAUUCACUGAGAUCAACAAAGCCUUUGAAGACUUGCAUGCUGGUGACUGUUUGAGAACAGUGCUUGACUUGAAAAAAUGA